AUGCGCCUUACGAAAUACUCAGGUUCGACGCGUACUCAGUCUAUAAGUAGUAGUGGAUCCUCGAAGCAGGCUACGUCGUAUGGAAGGGGCGGAGGUGCCGUGUCGACUAUACCUUCUGGGCAGCUCUUUGCUGGACGUACGCAAGGUGGAGGGACUAGGGACCAGGUAAUGGGAACCAGUACCUACGGGAGUGGAUACCCAGGUGUCGCAAGCCGUGGUGUAGCUGGACUGGGUUUCCCUUUCUAUUACUGGCCACUAGCCUGGGGUGGUAUUGGGCUGGGGUCUGCCGCGUACUUGCACAAUAAUGAGUACGGUCGGCCAGAUAACUCGAGUCGACCUGGAGGUGCUAUGACUUACGCCACGUUCCCUGCGACUUCUGGAAACGCCACAUUCCAUGUCGUGGCUGACAACAAUACCGUCGCUUCUCUUAUUACGGACCUUACCAGUAACUGCUCUUCAGUGAUCAACACUUCUUCUGUGUCCAGCUCGCCAAUAGCGUUCAAUGACUCAGAUUCGAGCACGCCGAAGCCGGAACAGUCUGUGCAAUAUUACCGUGCGAGCUCCGUGGCGUUGACAGUAGACGGAUAUAACAACACUGGAGCACUCCAAAACGAUACCGCAGAUACGCCGAUACCUUCCUGGGUGGAUACCAACGCGCUGAAUUGCCUGAAUUCAACUAUUGGAGUCGCCGUUCCCCUCGUGGAUGGUGCAGCUCGACAAUGGGUCGCGCCAAAUGUUGGUUUGGUGGCGCUAUUAUUUGUCUUCUACCAUCUCUCUUCGUUUUUCUGA